ACAGUAAAGCUGAAGGCAGAGGCUCGUUUGGACCUGCUGAGACAGGUGGGCGUUGCCGUGGAGACCUGGCUGAAGAGCGCCAUGAACCAGGUGAUGGAGGAGCUGGAGAAUGAGCGCUGGGCUACACUAAACUACACUACCCACGAUCCCUCACUCUCGGUGAGACACAUGCCCUCCCUCCCUCCCUCUCACUACACCACCUUCCCUCACUCGGGAGGAAAAUACACUACACUCCCUGUCAUCACCACAGACUGUUUCUUUACCACAGGGCAGCCAAGGCCCGUGUGUGUGCUGCAGAACUUUGGUCCUGUGUGCCUAGUUAUCACGUGUGUGUGUGUGUGUGUGUGUGUGUGUGUGUGUGUCAGCAGGAUGUUGAGGUAAGCGGUCUCCGCUCCUCUUCAUCACUUAACAUUCUGUUCACAUGACACUGCAGCAACCACCAGAGAAAGAGAGCAUGGGAGAGGAAGUGAGAGAGAGAAGGUGAGAGGGAGGGGAGAGUGAUAAUGGGAAACUGAAACCAAAGGAGAGGAGGAGAGUGAUAAUGGGAAACUGAAACCAAAGGAGAGGAGGAGGGUGGAGAGGGGGAGAGUGUGGAUGAGAGAAAGGAGGAGAAGAGUGACAGAGAAUUAGUAGAGGGAGUUCUAUCUGUUCCCAGACCAGUCUGGUUGAUCAGUGUGAUGGAGAAUGAAGUAGUUUUUCCUCAAGGUGAUAACUACUAGGAUAAUAUAGUACAAUCCUCUUCUAACAAUCCCUUCUGGCCAUGAUGAUAAUACCUGUUACCUAUUGAUUUCUACGUUUGGUUUUUUGCUUGACACCUACAAGGUGUUUUUAUAUAGCUAUUAUUAUUAAAAGCAGAAUCAACUGUUUCUUUUUUAACUCAUCAUUCCAAGCUAAAUGUGUUAACCUAGAUAAGAAGAGGAAACUCCUUCCUCUGCUUACAAUAGGAGGAACUAUAUGCAGGAAGGGGAACACCUGAUUGGUCACACACACACAGCUGUUAUUUUUCUACUCCGAAGGAGGUGUAGAGUUUAGUGAUGACUAAGCUUCUUAUCAGGAACAUAGUGAGUUUUGAACACAAACAGAACAAAACACACACACACACACACACGUGUUUUGUCCUGGUUGGGUUGCUAUUUCUGGUCCGAAGGGGGGCGGGCCCAUAUGCCACCUGGAUCACCUGAUCUCUCUGAGCCAAUGAGGUUCCCUGAGGACAGGUAAAGGAGGGGUCAGGACGUAAAGGUUUUACAGCGACACCCUUCACAUCACCUGACUCAGAAGGACAAGGAGAGAGAACCGGAGAGAACCACACUGGAGCAUUGGACCUAGCUCAUUGUGACGUGUGUGUGUGUGUGUAGGGCCCGGUUGACCUGGAGCGGUCGGAGGGUGAGGAGUGUGAAGAGAACAUGGAGGUGUUUGAUGACAGCAGCUCCAGCCCCUCUGGCACCCUCAGGAACUACCCACUCACCUGCAAAGUCCUCUACUCAUACAAGGUAAUACACACACACACACACACACACACACACACCACACUUUUGCCCUCAGAACAGCCUCAAUUCGUCGGGGCAUGGACUCUACAAGGUGUUGAAAGCGUUCCACAGGGAUGCUGGCCCAUGUUGACUCCAAUUCUUCCCACAGUUGGCUGGAUGUCCUUUGGGUGGUGGACCGAUCUUGAUACACACGGGAAACUGUUGAGCGUGAAAAACCUAGCAGUGUUGCAUUUCUUGACACAACCGUUGCGCCUGGCACCUACUACCAUACCCCGUUCAAAGGCACUUCAAUCUUUUGUCUUGCCCAUUCACCCUCUGAAAGGCACACAUACGCAAUCCAUGUCUCAGUUGUCUCGAGGCUUAAAAAUCUUUCUUUAACCUGUCUCCUCCCCUUCAUCUACACUGAUUUAACAAGUGACAUCAAUAAGGGAUCAUAGCCUUCACCUGGAUUCGCCUGGUCAGUCUGGAAUGGAAAGAGCAGAGCUGUGUUCGAAUACUCAUACUAACCGUACUAUUUGUGACGUCAAUUGCGUAUAUAUAGUAUGCUUAUUGGUCAUAGUAUGGAUAUAGUUAGUAUGCCAAAAGUUCCCGGAUGUCAUACUACAUUCGGCAAGAUACGAAGUAUACAAGCAGUGGACACUAUUUCCGUGCUUUUAGUGCCCAUAAUGCAAUUCUUCCGAAAAUGGGCGUGGCUUCACAACGUUUUCAGAUUUGAAGAAAAUGCAGGAAAAUAUGCAGCCGAAGUCCAACGAGAGCGGAUACAAAUUCAUUGCUUUAACAAAUUAUGAAAAUGUUGAGCAAUGUAAUAAAGUAAUGACUUUUCAAAUAAGUUACCUUACACGUUAUGUUUGGCUGACAAUUUGUUAGCUACUCUAUCCUUACGAACCGCAUGUAAUUACAGAAGUAUGUACCGGUAUGUCAGCUACCUGUUAUGAUGAGUUUCUCGGGUAUCAAGUAAUUCAGGAUGCAAGAAUAUACUUAAAAAUUAUAUGGAGAGUUCAUACAAAUAUGUAAUAGGUACGGUACCGUGGUUCGUCUUAACAAAAGGGCACAUGCUUUGCCUCUUUCAUCCAAACUACUGAACAAAGGACAUCUCUUAGUUUAUAUACUUCAUGUUACACAUUUCUUCAACAACAUCUGUUAACCCUCAGUGGGCACUCCCUUCUUUGAUGGUAUUACCCUGUACCCAAGUCAGUAUAUUCUAUCUAUCAAUCAUUCUAAGAUAAACCACCAGUAAGCUCCCUCGACAUACUGGAAUCCAGACUGUGGCACCAAGAGUCACUUAUCUCAUAAAUUUAAACUUGUUCCCACAACACUGUGAAAAGACAUCAUAACGCUACCUAAAUAACGUUAGUUAGCUACUAAUACAUCAAACUUGCCAGUAUAUUAACUAUAUGCUAUCUAACUAACUACCCAACGUUUAUUGACUUGAUUAUUCCCGUCAUUCUUAGUUUAGCUAAGUGGUAUAGUCGUUGUGCGUUCUCAAUGGACAGUCGCUCUGGCGAUCUACUCCGAUUUCAGAGCACUCUCGUCUGAGUGUACGUGUGCCAGAGCGCAGCAUAACUGAUGAAUUUACGAACGCUCAACACCAGUUGAAUGUGGCCGGUGUCAGUAAACAUGGGCAAAAAAAGCGUAAUUAAAUUGCUCUGGAUACCAUGAAAACAGCCUAACCAGCUCUGCUAGGGCGAUUAAAAUGGUCAGAGUGAGCUGUUUGGACAUAUCUACGCAUUCAAGGGUUUUUCUUAAUUUUUCUUAUUUUCUACAUUGUAGAAUAAUAGUGAAGACAUCAAAACUAUGAAAUAACACAUAUGGAAUCAUGUGGUAACCAAAAAAGUGUUAAACAAAUCCAAAUAUAUUUUAGAUUCUUCAAAGUAGCCACCCUUUGCCUUGAUGACAGCUUUGCACACUCUUGGCAUUCUCUCAACCAGCUUCAUGAGGAAUGCUUUUCCAACAGUCUUGAAGGAGUUCCCACAUAUGCUGAGCACUUGUUAGCUGCUUUUCCUUCACUCUGCGGUCCAAUUCAUCCCAAACCAUCUCAAUUGGGUUGAGGUCGGGUGAUUGUGGAGGCCAGGUCAUCUGAUGCAGCACUCCAUCACUCUCCUUCUUGGUCAAAUAGCCCUUACACAGCCUGGAGGUGCGUUGUGGGUCAUUGUCCUGUUGAAAAACAAAUGAUAGUCCCACUAAGCGCAAAACAGAUGGGAUGGUGUAUCACUGCAGAAUGCUGUGGUAGCCAUGCUGGUUAAGUAUGCCUUGAAUUCUAAAUAAAUCACAGACAGUGUCACCAGCAAAGCACCCCCACACCAUCACACCACCUCCUCCAUGCUUCACGGUGGGAACCACACAUGCGGAGAUAAUCCGUUCACAUACUCUGCGUCUCACAAAGACAUGGCGGUUGGAACCAAAAAUCUCACAUUUGGACUCAUCAGACCAAAGGACAGAUUUCCACCACUCUAAUGUCCAUUGCUCGUGUUUCUUGGCCCAAGCAAGUCUCUUCUUCUUAUUGGUGUCCUUUAGUAGUGGUUUCUUUGCAGCAAUUCGACCAUGAAGGCCUGAUUCACGCAGUCUCCUCUGAACAGAAGAUGUUGAGAUGUGUCUGUGACUUGAACUCUGUGAAGCAUUUAUUUGGGCUGCAAUCUGAGGUGCAGUUAACUCUAAUUAACUUAUCCUCUGCAGCAGAGGUAACUCUGGGUCUUCCAUUCCUGUGGCGGUCCUCAUGAGAGCCAGUUUCAUCAUAGUGCUUGAUGGUUUUUGCGACUGCACUUGAAGAAACUUUCAAAGUUCUUGAAAUGUUCCGUAUUGACUGACCUGCAUGUCUUAAAGUAAUGAUGUACUGCCGUUUCUCUCAUAAAAUGGACUUGGACUUUUCCCAAAUAGGGCUAUCUUCUGUAUACCACCCCUACCUUGUCACAACACAACUGAUUGGCUCAAACGCAUUAAGAAGGAAAGAAAAUGCAUUCCAGGUGACUACCUCAUGAAGCUGGUUGAGAGAAUGCCAAGAGUGUGCAAAGCUGUCAUCAAGGCAAAGGGUGGCUACUUUGAAGAAUCUCAAAUAUAAAAUAUAUUUUGAUUUGUUUAACACUUUUUUUGUUACCACAUGAUUCCAUAUGUCUUAUUUCAUAGUGUUGAUGUCUUCACUAUUAUUCUACAUGUAGAAAAUAGUAAAAAUAAAGAAAAACCCUUGAAUGAGUAGGUGUGUCCAAACUUUUGACUGGUACUGUAUUUCCACACACAUUCUUUAUCUAGACAGAUUAUGUAGUAAUAUGUACAUUAAGAUGAAGGUGUGUAAAAGAGCUGUGUAACCUUUGUUUGCUCCCACAAGGCCAGGCCAGUUCAGGUCAGGAUCAGGGGGCUCCACCUAUCAAGGUCAGGUCAGGAGGCUCCACCCAUCAGGGUCAGGGGGCUCCACCCAUCAGGGUCAGGGGGCUCCACCCAUCAGGGUUAGGGAGCUCCACCCAUCAGGGUUAGGGGGCCCCACCUAUCAAGGUCAGGUCAGGGGGUCCACCCAUCAGGGUCAGGGGGCUCCACCCAUCAGGGUCAGGGGGCUCCACCCAUCAGGGUCACGGGGCUCCACCCAUCAGGGCCAGGGGGCUCCACCCAUCAGGGUCAGGGGGCUCCACCCAUCAGGGCUAAGGGGCUCCACCCAUCAGGGCCAGGGGGCUCCACCCAUCAGGGUCAGGGGGCUCCACCCAUCAGGGUCACGGGGCUCCACCCAUCAGGACUAAGGGGCUCCACCCAUCAGGGUCAGGGGGCUCCACCCAUCAGGGCUAGGGGGCUCCACCCAUCAGGGUCAGGGGGCUCCAACCAUCAGGGUCAGGGGGCUCCACCUAUCAGGGUUAGGGAGCCCCACCUAUCAGGGUCAGGGGGCCCCACCUAUCAAGGUCAGGUCAGGAGGCCCCACCCAUCAGGGUCACGGGGCUCCACCCAUCAGGGCUAAGGGGCUCCACCCAUCAGGGUCAGGGGGCUCCACCCAUCAGGGCUAAGGGGCUCCACCUAUCAAGGUCAGGUCAGGAGGCUCCAACCAUCAGGGCUCAGGGGGUCAACCUAUCAAGGUAGGUCAGGAGGCUCCACACAUCAGGGGCUAGGGGUCCACCCAUCAGGGUUCAGGGGGCUCCACAAUCAGGGUCAGGGGGAUCCACUUCAGGGUCAGGGGGCCCACCUAUCAAGGUCAGGUCAGGAGGCCCCACCCAUCAGGGUUAGGGGGCCCCACCUAUCAAGGUCAGGUUAGGGGGCUCCACUCAUCAGGUCAGGGUCAGGAGGCUCCACCCAUCAGGGUCAGGGAGCUCCACCCAUAGGUCAGAGGGUAAGGGAGUCUACCAUAGGGUCAGGGAGCUCCACCCAUCAGGUCACGGUCAGGGAGAUCCACCCAUCAGGGUCAGGGAGCUCCAUCCAUCAGGUCAGGGUCAGGGAGCUCUACCCAUCAGGGUCAGGGAGCUCUACCCGUCAGGGUCAGGGAGCUCCACCCAUCAGGUCACAGUCAGGGAGCUCUACCCGUCAGGGUCAGGGAGCUCUACCCGUCAGGGUCAGGGAGCUCCACCCAUCAGGUCAUGGUCAGGGAGCUCUACCCGUCAGGGUCAGGGAGCUCUACCCAUCAGGAAGGGAGCUCUACCCGUAAGGGGCAGGAGCUUACCGUCAGGGUCGGGAGCUCUACCCAUAGGGCAGGGAGAUCUUACCCGUCAGGGUCAGGGAGCUCCACCCAUCAGGUCAUGGUCAGGGAGCUCUACCCGUCAGGGUUAGGAUGCUCCACCCAUCAGGGUCAGGGAGCUCCACCCAUCAGGUCAGGGCUAGGGGACUCUACCCAUCAGGAUCAGGGUCAGGGUCAGGGGGCUCCACCCAUCAGG